AGAGCCACCGCUCCGCUCAACUGUCCCUGCCGCUUCCACAGCGCCAUCGCCUGACGCCAACGCUGCCGCAGCUGCCACCGCCUGGGCUCCAAGCCACCUGCUGCCUGCUGCCAGAGAGGUACCAUGGGCUUCUGGAAGUUCUCCCCGUUCCUGGCUAUUGGCAUCCUGGUCCUGUACCAAGCAGGCGUCCUCCAGGCAGCACCAUUCAGGUCUGCCUUGGAGAACCCACUGGAACCUGCUACACUCACUGAGGAUGAAAUAUGCCUCCUACUGACUGCAGUGCUGAAGGACUAUGUGCAAAUGAAGGCCCGUGAGCUGCAGCAGGAGCAGGAGACUGAGGGCUCCAGCAUCACUGCCCAGAAGAGCCCCUGCAACAAUGCCCCUUGUGGGACCAAUCCUCUGGAAGGCUUGCUGGCCAGAGCUGAGCGCAUGGUGAAAAACACCUUCAUGCCCACCAACAUGGGCCCCGAAGACUUUGGCCGUCACCACAAGGAACUUGGGGCCUGAGCAGUGAAAGGACUCCAGGAAGAAGGUCACCAUGAAGCAAACUCUACUUCUUUUAAUUUAUAAUGAAUGCAACUCAUAGGAUAAGGAGCAUGGAACACACAUACAUCUGCAUGCUUAAUAUUAAAAACACUGUCUGAAAUAAACUAAAGCUAAAUAAAUAUAGAAUAAAAUC